AUGAGGGCGCCGCUGCUGCUGUGGGCGGCCGCCGCGUGGCUGGCCGUCAGCGCCGUGGUGGCGCACCCUGGCAGAGGCGGCGGGGGGGAGCAGCCGCUGUCGAGGAUCGCCGUCGAGAGGGCGGUCCUCGCCGUCGACGAUGCGGCGCACGUCAAGGCGUCCCCUUUGGUUCUUGGGCUCAAGGGCGAGAACAGUAAAUGGGUGGAUGUGGAGUUCUUCCAUCCCAACCCAUCCAGUGACGAUUGGAUCGGUGUGUUCUCUCCUGAGAAUUUUAGUGCUGCAAUCUGUGAGCCUGAGAAUAAAAGGCAGUAUCCUCCAGUGCUAUGCACCGCACCUAUCAAGUACCAGUUUGCAAACUUCAAAAAUGAUGGCUAUAACAAGACUGGAAAGGGCUAUCUGAAGCUUCAGUUGAUCAACCAGAGGGAAGAUUUCUCGUUCGCACUUUUUUCAGGAGGCCUCUUUAAGAUGACAGUCACCUGGACAAGUGGCUAUGAUAUUACAGAAGCAGUUCCUUUUGUUGAAUGGGGCGAGAAAGGAGGACGCCGGUUUCUUGCUCCAGCUGGAACAUUAACAUUUGACAGAAAUAGCAUGUGUGGUGCACCAGCCCGAACUGUUGGUUGGCGCCAUCCUGGUUACAUUCAUACAAGCUACCUGAAGGAUCUGUGGCCAGACUCACCGUACACUUACAGGCUUGGCCAUAGGCUAAUGAAUGGGACCCGCGUCUGGAGCAAAUCAUACAGCUUCAAAGCAUCACCGUACCCUGGACAAGAUUCUUUGCAACGAGUCAUCAUAUUCGGAGACAUGGGAAAGGCAGAGGCAGAUGGCUCAAAUGAGUUCAACAACUUCCAGCCAGGUUCACUAAACACUACUUACCAGAUCGUCAGUGACCUAGAAAACAUCGACAUGGUGGUCCACAUUGGGGACAUCUGCUACGCGAAUGGCUACUUGUCUCAAUGGGAUCAGUUCACUGCACAGAUUGAACCAAUCGCUUCAAAGGUGCCGUACAUGGUUGGAAGUGGUAACCAUGAGAGGGAUUGGCCUGGCACCGGUUCGUUCUACGGGAAUCUCGACUCCGGUGGAGAAUGCGGUGUCCCUGCCCAAACUGUGUUCUACACUCCAGCUGAGAACCGUGCAAAGUUCUGGUACGCAACAGACUACGGCAUGUUUAGGUUCUGCAUUGCUCACACAGAAGAGGACUGGAGGCCCGGGACCGAGCAGUACAAGUUCAUCGAGCAAUGCCUGUCGUCUGUUGACAGGCAGAAGCAGCCAUGGCUCAUCUUCCUUGCGCACCGUGUUCUUGGCUACUCGUCCUGCGCCUACUACGAGUCAGAGGGCACGUUCGAGGAACCCAUGGGGCGGGAAGCGCUGCAGGAGCUCUGGCAGAAGUACAAGGUCGAUCUCGCCUUCUAUGGACACGUCCACAGCUAUGAAAGGACAUGCCCAGUCUAUCAGAGCCAAUGCGUCGUGGACGCGUCGGACCACUACAGCGGCCCGUUCCAGGCGACGACGCACGUUGUCGUCGGCGGCGCAGGAGCCACCCUUUCUGAAUUCACCGCCUCAAAGAUCCAGUGGAGCCACUUCACCGACUUCGACCACGGGUUCGUCAAGCUCACGGCCUUCAACCACUCGUCCCUGCUGUUCGAGUACAAGAAGAGCCGCGACGGCAACGUGUACGACCAUUUCACGAUCUCGCGGGACUACCGGGACAUCCUCGCUUGCUCUGUCGACAACUGCCCCCGGACCACACUGGCUUCAUGA